AUGGCGUCAGAAGUUAAGAGUCGCUUUCCAGACGUUAGCAUUCUCCGACAAUUCAUUAAAGACCGACUUGUUUAUCAACUUGAGUCCAUUCCUGGUCAGAAAGAUUUGGUUUUUGACAAAGAACUUAUGAAGCCAUUGGAUCGGAUUAUUGGAGCAACUGUUUUAAAGGAACAUGGAGUUGCCAAAAUUUUCAAGAUUGACCCAACGCAGAAAUCACUGCCAGGAUGCAGCCAACGAUUGUAUCUGGUACGUCCAAUUAUUGAAAUAAUUCGGCACAUUGUGCAACAAAUAAAACACGAACGAAUGCUUAAUGAGAGGAGAACUUAUCGGAUUUUGUUGACUCCUCGUAAGCUUCAUGCCUGUGAAUCUGUUCUUGAAAAAGAAGGAGUGUUUGGUUAUGUGAAUAUUGAAGAAUUCAUGCUUGAUCUUGUGCCAUUAGAUCGAGAUGUCUUGUCUUUGGAAUUACCAGACUUUUUGCCCAGAUUUUAUCUGCACAAUGAUUAUAUUUGGCUCAACACUGUAGCAAAAUCUCUGACCCAUUUCCAAUCUGUCUUUGGACAAAUCCCAACUGUCUGUGGCAUUGGCCGAGCAGCAAAGAUGGUUCAUGAAUUGAUGUUAUCAAUGCCAGAAUACCAAAGUGAUUCACAAAAUGAACAAUUAGAAAUAGGGAAGCUGAUUAUUCUUGACCGAGAUGUUGAUUUUGUUACACCUCUCUGCUCUCAGUUGACCUAUGAAGGAAUCUUGGAUGAUACAUUUGGAAUUCAAAGUGGUUAUGUGGAAUUCAACAAGGAAAUAACAGGGAAAGAUCAACCCACUCGUGUGUUGUUAUCAAACCAAGAUGAGAUUUAUGACCAAAUUAGGAACAAACACUUUUCUACAGUUUUUGAAUAUCUCAGUUCUAAAGUAAAAGAAGUUCAAACUGGAUAUGAUAAACGUCAUUCUCUAACCACAGUUGGUGCCAUGAAAAACUUUGUAUCUAAUGAAUUAAGAGACUUGAAGAACCGUCACAAAACCUUGGCAUAUCAUAUUGGGGCUUGUGAAGUAGCAAUGGAAAAAAAGAAUAAAAGUGGUUUUGAAGAAAUUCUCCAAGUGGAACAUACUCUUCUAGAAGGAAUUGACACUAAAGAAAACACUGCAUUUAUUGAAGAAUGCAUUAACAGACAAUACAACUGUAUCCAGACCCUCCGUCUACUUUGUCUCUUGUCCCUCACUAGUGACGGCAUUCCCUCCAAACAGUACAAGUCUCUCAUGACACAAUUUGCUCAGAGUUAUGGAUUUGAAAAGAUGUUAUCCUUACAUAAUUUACGGAAACUUCACAUCUUGACAGAACAGGAAGCUGUCCUGACAAAACCUUUAGGAAAUCUUGCUGCAGCCAUGGCCAAGAGAAACACAUUCCAAACUUUAGUCAAAAAACUUAACUUGAUUCCAAAAUCAGCUGAAGAAAUAAAUUUGAAAAGUCCACGUGAUAUGUCAUAUGUCUUCAGUGGAGCAUAUUCACCUCUUUCGUGUCGACUUGUGGAAGAAAUUUUAAAUAGGGAUGGAUUAUCUGGUCUUGAAGAUGUUACAAAAUUAUUACCAGGAGAAACAUUCUGUAGUAUUCGAUCGCGUAUCCCCAAAGGUAAACCAGGCAGUCGUCCUGAUUACCCAGCAGCAAGAGUUGUGAUGGUAUUUUUUCUUGGAGGUUGUACAUUUUCAGAGAUAGCAGCUCUUCGAAUUUUAGGCAGAGAAAAAGGUUUGUUUCUUAACUACAUCUAG